AUGCCUCUUCCCACACCCUAUCCGCCCAACACCACGCACACUGUGCCCGCCCGGUCAUCCGUGGCUGUUCCUCUAUCUCCAUCCCAAAAGCUGACCGUGACAAACACCCAUGGCACCCAAGUGAUUGACUUCUGGGCAUUUGAAGUCCCUUCUUCGGACUCUGCCACGACAAAAGAGUUGACAACAUAUCUAUCCAUGUCCCACACUCGCGCCUCGCUACUAUCCCUCAGCCCCGUCGCCCCGUGCACACUCUCCACAAACCGGCGCACUUCAAUCCUGAAAUUUCUGAGUGACAGCUCGGGCUGUAUCCACGACACUUUGAUCCCGGCGUGCGACAUCCACCGGUACCACCAGCUGGGCAUACCGCAGGAGGAAUACCACGCCAAUUGCUCGGACAACUUAUGA